UGGAGGGGAUGAAAGCGGGGAUGAAGGAAAUGGUGAUGAUGACGACAAUGAUCUAAGAAAAAGGACCAAAGAUAGUAUGAAAGAGGAGGAGGCAAAGCAGUCAUGAACCAUCAAGUGAUUCCAGUGAAGGGUCAAUGAAUGUAGCAGAUAGUCAGUGUCAGAUAACGGGUAGUGAGAAGGCUGGUAGUAAUGAGGAAUUGGGCUUGGGUUCUAAGUCUCCUAGAGAAGAGGAUCCAUGCAGGAUAAAGUUUGGUGGGGGAGAAGAUGUCAUUUCUGAAAGAGAUCUGUUUUCUAGUCAGACUGAGCCUUUAAAGGUUGCCAAGAAACAAAAGAAGUCAGACUUCAAGCAAUUAGAUGAUAGAGGAGAUCCAGUCAGUCUUGCCCCAUCUGAUGUUUCUCUUCUUCCUUUGUCCAAAGCUGAAGACGGAAGACCUCCGACUUCCUAUCAAAGGUCGUGUGAUGAAGUGCCAUUGAGCUCGUCCUCUUCACCACCACCAGGGGUGGACAUUCCCUCUGCAAGUCCAACAAAACGUAAACUAAGUGGUAACGAAGAUGCUGGAUCAUCUGAAAUUCCGUUUAAGUUGCCUCGAAUGGAUGAGAGUAGUGGAAGUAGUGAGUCUGGUGAAGAUAAAAUCUAUGUGGAUUACCCCACAUUAACAAAGAAAGGUGUUGAAAUUAGUCCAAAACAAGAGCACCCUCCUUCCAGGGUUGUGAAAGCUCUCCAGUUCUCAGGUGCUUCAAAGCACACUGCUUUUAAUGUAGAGGGUGACUGCAGCAAGAGUAAAUCCAAAGAACAAGCUGGAAUCAUGCAAAAACUGUAUGCUGAGGAAAUGAGUGAGGACAUAGAGUUGCCCAGCUUAUCACCUGCAGAUGCAGGAGAAGAAACUUUUAAUGUGAAUAAACGACUGCGCCAUCAGAUGUGUGCAGAAGAAGACAGUAGUGACAGUGAUGCAAUUGAUGCCAAGAAACUGACAAAGAAUGCUCCAGAAGACACGGAUACCAAAGAUGUUUCUGAUAAAGAGGACAGUGAUGUAGAGAUAAUUGAAGACAAAGACCGUAGCAUUGAAGUUUUGUAUGAAAAAACUAAAGUACAAAAAUCAUAUUUUACGGAAGAUGUAGGUUCUCAGGAUUUUAGUUUAAUGCUUUCUGGUACUCAAUGUGACUCACCUUCUGAGGAACAUGUCCAAAAAUUUUCUGAAGAACAAAGAUUUUCACAAGAAACAGUAUCACAAACUCAUUCUCAAAGUCUUCUGCACAUGUCUGAUUCAGAUGACCUUAAAUGCUCUGACCGUGUAACAUCUUCAAGUAACAGGGAAGGAUAUCAGGACACUGAAAAUAGUCACAAUACUAUGCCUGCCACUCAAAUGGAGGAAAUUUGUCAACCAGCAUUUGUAUCACAACCAGAUAUUGAUUCCUUGAUCUCAUUACCAAUUUCAGAUUCUUCUGAACCAAGAAAUCGGGUAGUUGCAUCGGUAAUAAAAGGUCAUGAGAAAACUGUUGAAACUGUUGAAUCUGAGGCUAGUCCAGAAAAUCAGACAUCACCUAGUGCAGAAAAAUCAGGAAUUGAUAAGAAAUUACUUUAUGAGCAAAGCCAGACACAGACAUCAAUAACAAGGUUACAGAUGCCAGAUAUAUUAACCCCUUCUUCUCAAGACUUAAUGGUUGUUCAUGAGAGCGAGUCCCUGUUUGUUAAGGCAGCAAAUGCUGCUAAAGAACGUGGUGAACAGGUUGGAAAACAAAGAGAAGAUAAACAGUUAGAGAAAUCAUUAGGUUCAAAUGGGGAAAGUUCCUUUGAAUGUGUGGAAACAUCCAAAGGUGUUACAGCAAGUUUUGAUAUGGGUGAAAAUAUUGACAGUACCCCUGAACGUACUCCCAUAUCUGGAAUACAGAAACCUUUUUCUUCCCAGCUGACUCCAGUUCUGGGUCAAGCUCAUCGUGCGUACUCUCCUAGUACAAAGCUUUUUGGCUCUAGUAAAAAGGAGGAUGUCUCAAAUCCUGAUUUACAAAGUUCAAAAAUAUUAGCGGAAGAAAGUGAUAGUGAUGAUGACGGACGAAGUGUUCGGAAAAGGAAAAAGCACAGAGCAAAAGGGCUCGCACAAUCAGGUGAAUCCCAAGUACAACCAUCUCCAGCUAUCAAAGACUUGAUCAAAUCUUCUACUCCAAAUACUAGUCAAGGCAUUAGUCCUAAUAUCUCUGCAUACAGUGGGAGUGACAUUGACAAGGAUCCACGUGUCGUGUCAGUUAUGACUGACACUUCAAAAUCCCAUGAAAGCACACCAGAACAGGUGCUGAGGUCAUCUAAGAGUCCUGAUUAUGUGUCAAAUGUUGGAACAGCAGAAAGUACGCAAGAUAUAGAAACAGUAUUAGGGUUAGACAGCCUUUUGUCAGUUGAUGAACUAAGAAAGUCUGGUUACAAGGAAAGAUCUAUAAGUAUUCAAGGUUGGGAGUACAAAAAUCAUGUGACAAAUAAGGUGUUUAUUAUAAUAAAAGAUCCAGUUUUAGAAUUCAGGCAUCCAGUUACAAAUGAAAAUUGUUUUGUUGUAUAUGAAAAGGAACAGGGCAUAGUUCCAAAAAUGAAAUUGCGACAAAUUGUGGAUUCUGGGAGCAGUAUUCAUGGUGCCAACGUGCGUAGAAUGUCAGAUGUUAGUUUAUUAUCACGAGUAUCAUCAUCAUCAGGUUCAGGAUACCUUGGAGAUAAAAGUUCUUCGUCGGGGUCUUCACAUCGAAUGUCAAUGCUUUCAACUACAGAAUCAUCCAGACUCUCAAUUGGAAGUGUAGUUACUUUGCCUUCCCCACCCCGUGAAAAUAGAGACAAAGAAUUAGAGUUGAUGAGAAGACAUGAUGAUAGUUGCUUUGCUAUUCCCACAGUAUCUGCAAGGAGCUUGCAGAGUGGCAAAGGUGGUGCUACUUCCCCAAAAAUAAUCACAGUCGAUGAAGGAAAAAAUCUGGGAAAGACUGCUUCACCUCAGAACAGUCCACAAAAAGGAGCUCGGUAUUCUUCCACAUCAACCAGUGACGAAGCACCGUCCAUGCAAGACAAAAAGAGAAGAGCACGAGGCCGGGGCAGAGGUUCUGCAAGUCGAAGUAAACCCCGUGAUUCAUCUUUGGGACAGGGCCGAGGGCGGGGAAAAGGAAGGGGAAAAGGUAGAGGGAAAGGAAGAGAACAGAGGGCUUUGAGUGAUGAUUUUCUUGCCGAAAUUGGUGGAGAUGAAGAUUUGCAAGGAAAUACAACUGAUGAUCAAACAUCAAUCCCUAAAACUCCAAGUCCAAGAAAGCGCAAAGAUUCAGGGUUAACCUUGAAUACUGAGGAAACAGAGGAAAAAUCUUCUAUACCAGGAAUGCUCAGACCAUUACCAGAAAAUGUACGAAUACUUAUUGAAAACUCACAGGUUCCCCUUUCAGAAGAGGAGGAGGAAGUAUUUUUCCAUUUGGGGGCAGAUCAAGAGAGACAAAUGGCACAGGUUUUAAAGAGAGUUAGGGAAGUAGAUUUGAAACCUGGUUUGCUAGUAUUUGCUCGGUUUGUUGAUAACAAUUUUUACUCUGCUUUAUUGAAGGAAAGAGAUGGCACAAAUCGAUGGUACGUGCAGUUUACACUUGAUCGGCAUGAUUCUUCGGUUAGAGAUGUUUAUGUCCUUCCAACAGAUAUACUUCCACGGGGUCAUCUCUGCUUUGUCAAACAUCAGACUGAACAAUUUAGUGAUCCAGGUGUUGUUAGAGGACAUGUACGUGAAGGCUCUACUCUCUUCCACAUUAUAGAAACUGACAGAGGUAAUACUGAACGUGUUCUGCAUUCUCAUAUUGUUCUAACUGAGCAACAAGCAAAAGAACUUUUACAAGCAAGGCAUCACUUCCGCUCAAUGGUGGCUUCACCUGGAAGAGAUGUCUCUCUAGAUAAUAUAGUAGCUGGAACACGCCGCAGAACUCCCAACAAACAAUUGUCCUCACCUCAUAGUAGAAAAGUUGAUGAAAAUUUUGAUUCAAGUGAAUCUGCAUUAGGAGAAUUUGAUGAUAUUGUUUCAUCAUCUGUGUAUUCCUCAGGCAGUAAAAAGACACCUAGUCGAGGGCGUAAAGGGAGCAAAAAGCAGGAUUUAUCGAUUUUACCAGAGGAAAGUGAGAGUGAUUUUGAAAUCUAUACACCAAGCACCCCAAAAGGCAGGAAACGAGCAGGAUCUUCCAGAGUCUCUCGUACUCCAAAAAUUUUGAAAACUGACCAAAAAGUAGAAGAAACUAGUGCUGCUUUCACGUCUGAGUCCAAAACACUUGGCAGCACAGCUGAUGUCCCACAGACUCUGAAUGUAGUAGAACUAGACACAAAGGAAACACCGAAAACACCUUUGAAGAAACGUGGAAGACAUUCAAGUCAAAGUACAAGUUCCCAGAUUCAACAAAAGUUGCCAAAACUGGAAGAGGAGAUGCUUAUAGAUCCCCGUCUUGGUCCUUUUCCAUCAGAGGAGAGCCAAAUCUUUUCAGGAUUUGAAAUUCUGUUAACAAGCGGGGACAGCAGUUUAAGAAAACGACAGUCUUCUGAUGAAGAUGACCUUCCUCCUUUCGAUAAGGAACACUUAAAGCAGCAAAUUUUGAAAGGUGGGGGAAAAGUUAUUGAAAGUUAUACAGACGCUGAGAUGAUCUUAGCUCAACAGGGGAGGCCAUUGAUUUCAAAGCAAACUCCAAAAUCAAAGAAGCCCUCUGGCCACCCCAGCAGCACAGUUCUUUUGAUUUCAAAUACUCAUUGUCGAACAUCUAAGUACAUUCAGUGUUUAGCUGCUGGUAUCCCAAUUGUCUCAUUCCAGUGGAUUAUCAACUCAUGUGCUCAGGAUAGAUGUAUGGACUGGAGGCUAUAUUUGUUGCCAUCAGGUGAAAAUGAAUCUGGAGAAAUUAUGGAGCAGAGUUUAAUACCAGAAGAAGGAUUCCAAUCUGGACCCCCACUGGUCUUAGAAGGAGAGUUGGUAUUUCUGGCAACAUCAGCUAAUAAAGAAUUCACUUCUUUGUGGCAGCCGAUUCUUACCAUGGCAGGAGCAGAUGUACGAGUUAAACCAGCAAAAACAGGAAACCUCAGUCGAGUAUUGGUGAAAGCUAUGACUGUAGUUGUUGCAGAUGCAACAAUACCAGAAAAGGAAUUACAGAGAACUCAGCAACUGAACAUCCCUGUGGUUUCAACAGAAUGGGUCAUACAGUCACUGAUUGCUGGUAAACGUCUGGGUUAUACAGAUGAUCCUAAAUUUAUGCAUAAUUCAAGUGUUUCUCAAAGCCCUAGCAAAACAGAAGAAAAAUAGUUACUCAUAUUGCAGCUCAAUGUACGGAAUCAUACUGUUUUUUCUAGAUAAAAAGGAGUUGGAGAAGUACCAGUAGGAAAGCUGUUCAUAGCUUAUGUCCCCUUCUUCAGGAAAUUCUGAUAGAAGUAUCUUAAAUUUCUGAAUGCAGCAAAAGUUCUUGUAAAGAAAUGUAUUUUCAAAGCUUAAUUUAAGUUAGAAUUUUUCUAUUUCUUGUUUUUAUAAACAGCAGAACCUUUGCUGUAUUUCUUCAGAGAAAAUCAGUCAUGAAAGCUGGUCUUCAUUUUUGUACUGUAGUGGAGAUUUUUAAUGAAAGUAAUUUGAUGUUGACUGCUAUUUAGGAUAGCAACAUUUCUCUCUUUCACACUUGCACUUUUAAAAAUAGACAAUUUAUAACUUGAGUUCAAAUACUGUAUAUUUGUUUGUUUGAGAACUUGUUUUUUGUUAGGUUUUAUAGGUUCUUUUUUAGCCUUGUUGAUUUACUUUGUACAAAACCUGUAAAUUUUACAGUGCAGUGAAAAUACUCAGCUAGUCUUUCAUAAUAGAUUUACAGUAAUAUUCACGCAAGGUAAUGUUUAUAGUUUACGUUUAAUCUCAUACAGCAAAGGUUUAGGCAUGAAUAUUUAUGAUGUACAAGAACACUAUGAAUAUUGUGAUGGAUGUUUUAUUGUAACAAUGUAAAGUUUUUUCCCCUUGAGGAAAGCAGAGCUUAUUACUAAAUGUUAUAUUUUUAGGGAUAUCUUUUGUAAAUAAAAUACAGUUUUUUGUCAGUUGGUUUUUUAUUUAUAGCUGAAAGCUAUGUUAAUGUUCAUGGAUAGGCAUUGUAAUCAGCAAUGAAUUUUUUUAAUUUAUUAUUUUUAUAGUGCUUAAAUCUAAGGCUUUUUACCAAAUGAGCUUUCUUGAAAGCACUGCUAAAACAGUUUUCAUCUAACCAGGUAAUCGCUUUGUUUUAUGAUUUAAUGUAAGACGUGUUAUUAGCAGUUUUAUUUGAUUGGAGUUAGGAUGUAUUAUAUUUAAUGAGCAGUUCUAUUCUGCCAAAGAGAUGUCACUUUUGUUGUAUACAGUGUAAAUAGAUUAUAGAAUUAAGAAUGAAUCUUUGAUUAUAAUAGUGAAUUAAUGAAAUUUUCUGAAUUUUCAACAAUUUAUGUUCAUUUCAGUGUCAUACAUUUCCCCUCAUUUCCAGCAUUGAUGUGCAAAUUAUGAAAGGUACGUGCCAUAAGGAAUGCAUCUGUAACGUGCAUUCAUUGUAUGUAUAUCUUGACUUUUUUUUUUUAAAUAAAUAAUGAAAAUAAA